UUCAGCGUUAUAAUACGCUCUUUGCAAAGAUAUGGGACUUAAGAAUGCGCAUGGAAAACAUGUAUAUGUUAAGAAACACGUGUGUAUUGGAUUAAUAGCGUGAUGCUACCUUGACACAUUAAAAGCUGAUUUCAACACAAGAUAAAGGACGGAAGGAGGGUUCAUGAAAGUGUGCAAUAUUUCAGAAUGGGACGCUGCCAAAUGGAUUCUAGCAGCUCUGCUAAUCACGACACCGCAACAAGGAAAAAGUGGUAAAGAGGACGUGGAUACAAGUAAAUUACAGUCAAAACCGCGCGUCAGAAGGGCUAAAGAAGGAAGUGGGACUAAAACGGAGCCUCCUCACUGUUUACUGCACUUGAUAUCUGCCCAGCGGCUGCCGCAGGCUCCCACGGACACCAUGGUUUCUGCUCCUCUGAACAGAUGAGAGUGGUCGCGCUUCAACUCAGCAGCAAUGAGCAGCGUGCGGUAGACGAGCGUAGGCUGCGAGGCUCACCACAACUACACAACUGUUUCCAUUGUCUAAAACCCUGCUAUCCAGAAGAUGGGGCAUCCUCCUUUAGAGUUCAGUGACUGCUAUCUGGACAGUCCGGAGUUCAGGGAGACUCUCAAGUGUUAUGAGCUGGAGCUAGAGAGGACUAGCAAAUUUCUCAAAGAGUUGAUAAAAGAUGGCAACAGUGUGAUCGCUGGGAUCAGAGGCUAUUCUUUGGCAGUGCAGAAGUUUUCCCAGACUCUCAGCACGUUCCAGUUCGACUUCAUUGGCGACUCCCUGACAGAUGACGAGAUCAACAUUGCUCAGUCGUUCCAGGAGUUUGCCGGACUCCUGCAGGAAGUGGAGCACGACAGGAUGAUGCUGGUUCAGAAUGCAUCGGAUCUGCUCAUCAAGCCGUUGGAGAAGUUCAGGAAGGAGCAAAUAGGAGUCACAAAAGAAAAGAAAAAGAAGUUUGAGAAGGAGAGUGAAAAAUAUCAUUCCCAAGUCGACAAACACCUGAAUCUCUCUGCCAAGAAGAAAGAGAGUCAACUUCAAGAGGCUGAUGAACUUCUUGACAGAGAGCGAGUGAACUUCUACGAAUCGUCAGUGGAGUAUGUGUACCAGAUCCACCAGGUGCAGGACAGGAAGAAGUUUGAUGUGGUGGAGCCGGUGCUGGCUUUUCUUCACAGCAUUUUAACGCUCAACAACCUGACAGUGGAGAUGACUCAGGACUUCAUGCCUUACAAGCAGGAACUGCAGCUCAGCCUGCAGAACACAAGAAACCACUACGAGAGCACUCGGGAGGAGAUGGAGGAGCUGAUGAAAAGAAUGAAACACCCAUCCCAGAUCUGUAAAAUGCACAGUUUCCUGCCCAUGGAGGGCUAUCUGUACUGUCAGGAGAAGUGGGCUUUAGGUGUCUCAUGGGUCAAAUAUUAUUGCAAGUAUCACAAGGAGGGAAGACUGCUGGUCAUGGUGCCUUGUGAACAGAAGCCUGCAACUAAACAGGGCAUUACACAGCUGACACUGAAAUCCUGCAUCCGCCGGAAGACAGAGUCCAUAGACAAGCGCUUCUGCUUUGACGUGGAAACUAACGAGAGAAACACACCCGUCACUUUCCAAGCUCUUUCGGAGGGAGACAGGAAGUUGUGGAUGGAGGCCAUGGAUGGAAAAGAGCCUAUCUACCAUUCCCCAAUUCACAAGCAAGCUGAAAUGGAGCUGAAUGAAAUUGGAUUCAAGUUUGUACGAAAAUGCAUCAACUAUGUUGAAACAAAAGGAGUCACACAAGAAGGAGUGUACAGAACAGUUGGCAGCAACAUCCAAGUGCAGAAGCUUUUAAAUGCCUUCUUUGACCCCUCAAACCCAGGAGAUGUGGAUCUCCACAGCAGUGACUGGGACGUGAAAACCAUCACAAGUGCACUGAAGUUUUAUCUGAGGAGCUUGUCGGAACCUCUGAUGACCUACAGUCUACACAGAGACCUCAUGUGUGCUGCAAAGUCAGAUAAUCUGGACUUCCGACUGAGUGAAAUUCAUUCUCUCUCCUACAAACUACCAGAGAAGAAUCGGGAGAUGCUGGAGAUGCUUAUUAAGCACUUGGUGAAUGUGUGCAGUCACAGUGAAGAGAACCGGAUGACCCCUUCAAACAUGGCUGUCAUCUUUGGACCCACGCUGAUGAGAGCGAAGGAGGAGACAGUGGCAGCCAUGUUGGAUAUCAAGUUUCAAAAUAUUGUGGUUGAGAUUCUGAUUGAGGACUUCAAAAAAAUCUUCAGUUAUAUGCCAGAGGACAGCACUGCCCCACCUGUACCUCCUCCGCGGAUCACACCAAGAAAGCGGCAACCCAUCACAAUCUCCAAGCGGCCACCUCGUGUUUAUCAGGCUCUGAGUCACGACCACCUCCAGCACACAGAGAAUGGUCAGAAAGACAGUUCUGUCAUGGACGGGGAAGUCUCACCAAACCCCGUUCCCCUUCAGCGGACGAAACCUGUAAGCUGUCCUCCGCUUGUUCCAAGAGAACCUCCUCCAAGAAUACCACUGAUGCCCAGACCAGCUAUCCGUCAGGACAGAAACUCAGACUCUGACGCUGGCAAGAUAGACGAUAUGAAGCAAAGGCCAGAUUCCUCUUCGGCGGCAAAUGGGGAAUCUGGAGUCUAUGUGAGCAGAGUGCCAUCCUUCCAGAGCAGAAGACCACCUCCCAAAGGCACACCAACCAACAGAGAAGGAGAUCCCGAUGGUCUGACCAGAACAAGAUCCACAGAGAAGCCUGCCAUUUGCAGACCCCCGGUCAGGCCCCCCGAGCCCCCCUCCAGAUGCCCCGCUCCACAAAAGACCUCGAGUGCAGCCAGCAGCGAGGGCACGGCCACAUCCUAUGUUGCCUCUAAAACAAAGUUUUUUGAGAAUGCCUCCAGGCAUGUUGACAGUCCACAGACCUCUCCGUCACCAACAGCGACAAAUUUAAAGAAAGAGAAUUGAAGUCAAGGAGACUCAGACCACAUCAGGUGACCUCUACAUGUGCUGUUGGGUGCUGAUCAAGGUUGAGGGGACCCACCUUCAAUAAACUCAGUGAUCUUAUCGGUUAGAUUAAAGGAGCGACUCUCCACAGAAAUAAAUGGAUUUGUUUGACUCCAAUUGGUUUUUACUACCAGUAUGAAUUGUGUCUUUAGGCAACACAGUAGCAAAUGGACUUAUGAAUGAGCUUGCAUAUUGUCUCGGUUUAUUAAUUGUUCCAAAGUUAGGAUGAUGUGACAGCCUAUUGACCUUUAGUCAUUUUACAGUGUUAAAAAGUUUGAAUGUCAGAUUUUACUGGAAGGAACUAACGGCCAUAACUGGUUGCAAAAGCAUACAUAGACAUCUUUUUUGUCUACUUGCUUAACACUUGUUUUUAGCAUUGUAAAAAAGAUCUCCCAAAGAAGACUAAUUGAUUACAUAGAUUUAACUAUUAUUAAUUUGCAAAUGUAGAUUGUACGUCAAAGAUUAGCUUCUUUGUAAGAUGGACCAUUUAAUGGUCUGUCAAGGGGUUAGAUGAUGCAAAAUCAUUUUAGGAUAAAAAACAUAAUUUCUGCGGAGUGUUUUAGUUGGUCGGUUGGAGUAUGUCAGCAGAGACAUAUCAUGUUAUUCAGACAUUAGGAGGCAUUACAAAAAAAGGUAUUUUGCUAUAAAAUGUCAGCCUGUAUUCCAGUCAGUUGUAGUUUGAAUUUACAUUAUGAAUAUAAUGCUAAUGUUACUGUUUGAUAGGGAAUUAUUAAAACGUAGGCAUUAGUGUACAUUCCUGUCAUUCCACUCCUGACUUUGGUGUUGCUCAGGUGGCUCAGGUUGCACAGGAGAGCCCACAAAGUUUACCUGAAUUUGUUGCACCUUAAAACAAUUGUUGGGAUGCAAAACGCAGGUGGCAUAAGAAUCAAAAGUGAUUGUUAAUAUGUGAAAAUAACACUCCAGUGUUUUGUUUUACUUCUUUGUUACUUAAAACAGUUAUUUUACACUUGUAUUUUGAAAAUCCAACUUGAAAAUUCUGGUUGUUGUCUGGUUGAACUUGUUUUCAGGAAGGCAAAUAAACAUGGAAAAUUCUCUACUUA